AUGGCUAGCAACAAGCUUUCUCCCGCGGAGUCUACCCGAGACCAGCCGCAAUGGCCCCACGGAGCUCGAGCUGCCAUUGCUGUAACAUGCGACAACCUGGGUGAGGCGGCUGAUCUCAACCGAAAGCUGUGGCCGGAAUCAAAGCCUGUUGGGAAGCACUACACGGUCACCGAGGUGAUACCACAAAUCCUGGCACUGUUGAAGAAAUACGACAUAUCUGUCACUUACUUUGUCGAAAGUUGGAACCUCGGCAUUUAUGGCGAUUUCAUUGUCGACAAAAUUGCUGCCGCUGGCCACGAAAUCGGCUGGCACGCAUGGCAACACGAGGCGUGGUACAAGCUCAGUGAUGGCGAGGAGGAAGCCAAUUUCGAACGCAGUUUCGGUCCACACGGCAUUCAGCUACCCUUACAUGGCAAAACACUACCGUCAUACACUGGGUUCCGCCCUCCAGGCGGGCUGAUCAAGGGCACUUCCACUCUCAAACUGGCGCGACAAUACGGCCUCAAGUACAUUAGUCCUGCUGCCGAGGAUGCCGCCGUGAUCCCCGUGGAUAAUGAUGGCACAGGUGGUGAUAGCUUGGUUGUCCUGCCAUUCAAGUGGGCAACGGUGGAUGCAUACUUUUACAUGGAAAGCUUCACCGGCCUACGGGAGAUGAAGGGCGAAUACCCAUCUGCGCCACAAUCUCCCGACGUCCUGGUUGAGCGCUACAUUCGGGAGGUUGAUGAAGCCAUUGAGAAACACUCAUUCUUGUCCCUGCUCUUCCAUCCUUUCUUGACGGAACGACCCGAGCGUCUCGAGGCCAUGGAAAAGGUGCUCGCAUAUCUCGCGCAAAAGCGAGAUGAGGGUAUCAUUUGGCUGGCUCCUUGCCGAGAUAUCCAGGCAGUCAUUGAGAAGAACCCGGGUCUUGUUGGGACGGAUCCAUCAUGGGAUACUUCAGUUUGGCGAUGA